AUGUUUACUCAUGAGUUACCUGUCCUGACGGAAUUAAUGGGCCAGGUAUCCCUGCCGUCAGAUGUUGUGCUGGGAGAUCGCGGGCUAUGCGACUUGGAGUUAUUACUGAACGGUGGUUUCGCUCCAUUAAACCGGUUCAUGACGCUGAAGGAUUAUGGCAGCGUCAUGGAGAAUAUGACUUUAGAAGACGGAACGACAGUGUUUCCUUUACCGGUUGUGUUGCCAGUGAGCGCUGACUUAUGCCAGCCGAUAUCUGGCGAUGCGCAGAACGGUGGCGGAGCGCAGAGCGGUGCAGUGGUUCAUAUACGGAACGAUACGAAUGCGUUAUUGGCGGAUUUGGAGGUCACGUCUAUUUUUGUGCCGGACCUGGAUAAGGAGUGUCGGUUGGUUUUGAAUGAGCAGUUCCCUACAAGUCCGACACAUCCUUAUGCGAUUUACUUGAAGAAGUUGCACCAAAAUUGCUUCUACGUCGGCGGCCGUUUGGUGGAAAAGCACCCGAUCGUGCACUUUGAUUAUUCGCGGUAUCGACUGACUCCGACUCAAGCACGAGAGCGGUUGGCUGAACGCGGCUGGGCAGGUUCUACUGUCGGUUUCCAGACGCGGAAUCCGAUGCAUCGUAGCCAUUACGAGUUGACGGUUAAUGCGCUACGCCAGGUGGAGGCGAAACUUGGCGGACGUGCGCAUUUGAUGAUAACACCCGCGGUCGGUCCGACACAGCCAGGUGAUGUCGACUACCGCAUCCGUGUGCGGUGUUAUGAGCGUAUUCUCGCACACUAUCGCGAAGAGCCGUUGUUGGUACUCUUGCCGUUGGCGAUGCGUAUGGCUGGACCUCGAGAAGCUCUAUUACACGCGUUGGUCCGAAGGAACUAUGGCUGCAGCUACUUCAUUGUGGGUCGGGAUCAUGCCGGUCCGUCUUGCAAGACGCGUACAGGUGAGGCGUUCUACGAUCCGUAUGCGGCCCACGCCCUUUUGGAGAAGCAUGCCGCCCGGAUUGGGAUUGAGCCAGUGUUCGGCAAGAUGAUGUGUUACUGCGGUCCUGAGCUGGGCUACUUGCAGCAAGACCAGGUACCAGCUGUGGGGCCGGAUGGAACUGCCGUUCAAGUGCAGAACAUCUCGGGCACCGAGUUCCGGCGUCUUUUGCAAAAUAACGCGAGUGUGCCUGAGUGGUUCUGCUUUCCGGACGUCGUAGAUGAACUACGGCUAGAGUACAAGGCACCGUAUCUACGUGGACUAUGCAUCUACUUCACGGGACUGCCAUGUGCUGGCAAGUCAACCUUGGCACAGGCUUUGAACGCCCUCUUGCUGGAGUCAAGACACGACCAACGAAAGGUCACCGUCUUAGAUGCCGAUGUCAUCCGUACACAUCUCAGCAAAGGACUUGGAUUCAGUCGCGAUGAUCGUUCGCUAAACGUACGCCGCAUAGGCUAUGUAGCACAUGAGAUAGUCAAACAUGGCGGCAUCUGUUUAGUCGCUAACAUCGCACCUUACAAGGAUGACCGUAAGUACAAUCGCCAACUCAUCGAGUCUGGUGGCGGUACUUAUGUCGAAGUAUACGUUUCUACUCCCCUUGAAGUCUGCGAAAAACGUGACAUAAAGCAGCUUUACAACAAAGCACGCGCAGGUGUUAUCAAGCAGUUCACUGGCAUCUCAGAUCCCUACGAGGCUCCAGAUGAACCCGACCUAAUCAUUAACAGUUCCAACAAUCUCGCACAACGCGUCGCCCAAGUCCAUCAAUACCUACUCGAAAAGCAGCUCACCAUAUAA